AAUGAUUAUCAAAACGCUAGAAAUUCAAUGAGGAAUUUCGAUAUAGAAAUUCAUAAUUUCAAAAAUGUAGAAAUUGCUCCAGGAAUUUAUAUAUGGACAAUUUGGAAUUUCUCAAGCAUUUUUCAUGAAUGAUUUUAUGCUUACAGUGUAUCUGUAAAUUACACCGAAAUACAUUUCCAUGUAUUUUUUAGGUCAAAAGUGUGCAUACUGAUCUAAAAUCCCUACUGAGCGAUCUGAAGGACGACGUAGAUGCUUACUUGAAACACGAGAAGGAUGGAAUAUUCAGUGAAUUUGGAAAAGAGAAUAAAACAACAGACGUUUCCUACUCGUGGUGGAGAGAAUUCAUUCGAAUGCUAUAUCGUAUAGAUUAUCCGAGAAGUUACUUUCAAAAACUGAUCUUAGCUCUAAGAAAAUACUAUGAAGGUAAAGAGGAAGAACUGAAAAUAUUAGAUGAAUUUGAGCGAACAUACACUGCGGAUAGAGCAAUCUGGUGGUAUACACGAAAUACAUUUCUCUAUCGUCUGUUGAAUACAGCCCUGCGUCAACGUAACGUUGAAGUCGUCUUUCUCUUUGGCUUCUAUAUCAAAGAUAUGUACGAUCAAAUGAAGAGUGAACAUCAAAAUAUGAAAAGUAAACAGACGAAUGAUCCGGUGGUCACAGUUUAUCGAGGACAACAAAUUGCACAAGUUGAAAUGCAAGAAAUUGAAGAAGGAGAUCCAACUACUUCACUUUUUGGACUUGAAAUUUUUAACGACUUUCAUAUUACAAUCAAUAGUUUCCUUUCCACAUCUCUUAACCGCUCUGUAGCACAGACGUUUCUUCAAUCAGCACCACUUCUUAAUGGAUGUGUAAAAGCGCUGCUAACAAUAAAACUGGAUACUAGGAAUCUAUCUCUGCCUUUUGGUGAUAUUUCGCAUCUGUCGUUUUUCUCAAAUGAACAUGAAAUUCUUCUAAUGAUUGGAACUAUUCUGAGAGUUCGUAAAGUGAUCUAUGAUAACAGCAUACAGAUGUAUCUAGUGGACAUAGAACUCAGUUAUGACGGCGCUUUAGAAGAAGAGCAACAACAAUUCGAAAAAACUGCAGCAGUAAAAUACUGUAUGAAUUUAGCUGUGAAUAGCUUUUUUACAGCCACAACAGAACAAAUUACUGCUAUCUUUAGCCAAUUUAAUGAAUUAUUUCCGUACGACAACGACCUGAUAGAAAUAAUCAAAUGUCAUUGUUUUGGAAAACACUAUGAGUUGAGCCAAGAUCACAACGAAGCAUUGGCAAAUUUUGAAAAAGCACUAAAAACUUUUGAAAGGUGUUCAAGCGAUAUCAUGACAAAAAUGAAUGCUGAUAUUAUUAAGAUACACGAAGAUAUGGCACGCGUUUACCAACAAUAUAUAGACGAUAACACUCUGGCAAACAAACAUUAUGAGAUUAUACUUAAUUUUUAUAUUUCUUCCAUUCAAAAAACUAUCAAUACUAAAGAAAAAUUGCAGAUAAUCCAGAAAAUAUUGCAAGUCUACGAUAAGAAGAUAGAAUUAAGUCAGAAUGGGAACGAAAGAAGAGAAAACAUAUUGAAUGCUAUUGAAUACCAAAAACUACUCGUCAAUGGAAAGGAGAAGGAUAAUUCAGUUGAAUAUAAAGAUAUUGCAGCCGAUUAUCAACAUUUAGCUGAUCUACAAAAAUCGAUAUCUGAUUUGGAAGAAGCAGCAAGAAAUUAUGAAAGAUCUGCUGAGAUUUACAUCACACAGGAACAGCCAGAUUAUCAUUAUAUUACGGGAAUGUAUAAGUCAAUUUGUGAACUCUAUAUUGAUGAGAAAGAAGACUACACCGCUGCUCUUCCAUAUAAAGCGAAAGAACUUGAAUUUUGGAAGAAAGAAAAAAUAGUUAACCCGACGGACACAACGGAUGAUCCCUCGUAUGUUGCUAUUUGUAACCAGGAGAUAGCUGAUAUCUAUAUCAAGUUACAUCAAUUUCAAAGGGCAACUGAACAUUUACUCGUGGCAAAACAAAUAUAUGAAAACAGUCAGUACAUUUACAAGAAGUCGCAAAUCAAGGCGAUAUUAAAAAAGAUAUCAAAGCUCGAAUCAUUAUCACCGGACAUAAGCUUUUUAACUAAUUCAGACAUAUCUGAAUCUACUGAGAGCAUUGGAUCUAAUAACGAUAGCUCAGAAACCAGAGAGAGCGUAGAAACGCCACACAUCCCAGAAUAUCCAAGGAAUAAUGCAGACUAGCUAUUAUCUAUAAGUAUGAGCACUGACGGGCAUCUAACUUACUGUGCGGUCUUUGUACGGACUGCUUUCUAAUUCGAAUCUUUUGAACAUGCUUUUUGCCUGGAUUAAUAAAAGUCGGUUGAAGUCACACUAAACGCAUCUACUCAAGGUAUGCGUACCUAUCGCCUUUUUGUGAAUUUUAUCAAUUCGGAUAAACGCUCAUAUAAACGUGUUGCCACUUGCCUUCAAACCCAGAGAAGAGUACAAGCCAAAAUGCUCGGCUCCAGACGCCACUUCGUACACACGCUUGACAUAAGGAGCCCGUUAUAUGACUGGGAUAGGUGUAAUAUACCUCUUAGUGAUCUGCUCCUUGAAAGGCCGAUAAAAAUAAGCAGACACCUAGUGAUACAACACUGAGAGAUCUCCGGCCCACUCUUCGUGGAAGACACGGACAGUUAGUUAGUUAGUUAGACCCGCUACCGUUUCUGGUGUAGGGUGAGAAUAAAACAUCAGGAAAAAAAUAACACAAAAAGAAAAGAGUGUUCAAUUUGACGGAAGUAGUGUUCGUUUCUAUUGAAAAUUGAACUAAGUUAAUUAUCAAGAUACCAC